AUGCACUUCAACGUCAUCGUUGCGCUUGCGCUGCCGCUACUCGCCGCAGGUGCCCAUAUCGGACGUCGCCAUGAUCGCCAUCAUGAGAAGGUGGAUCGCCGCGCCAUUCAGACAGACGUUGUUUUCGUCACAGAAACUAUCAUCAAGACCGUCACCAUCGAGUCGGCUGCAAGCUCUGCGGCCUCUAGCUGCACGGUUACUACCACGGCUGCAGCGCCAGAACUGUCCAUGACUGUCAAGCUCCCCGACAAGGGCAUUCCUGACGACGCAUCUACUUCCACGUCUUCUGUUGCUCCUUCAGUUGCUCCUCCGUCUUCUUCAGGUGGUCCAUACGCUACUCUCGAUUCCAUUCCAAACCAGGCCAUCAUCGUCAACUCAUGUGACUACGAUGUUUACGUGUCCUCUAUCGGCGAUGAGGAGAGAUGCGACAACGGACCGGGCAGCGAGUGCGUACCGAUACCCGCUAACAGUAUCUAUACUGAAGCAAUCCGUACCUGUCACAAGUCUGGUAUCUCACUAAAGGUCGCAAAGGCUAAGGAUAUGGCCCUCCCAAUGCAAUUCGAAUACACAGUCUGGGAUGACCACGUCAAGGUAUCUUACGACAUUUCGUAUCUCGAUUGUAUGACCAAGAACGGGACCAACUUUGACAACUGCGCCGGCCACGAGAAAGGCAUUCAAGCCGCUGCCAAGGACGGCCCAGUCUUCCAAUGUGUCGCAAAUGAGCCGUGCGCUCAACAGGCCUACGUCGUUCCCGAAUUCGGAUACUUGCCUGACGCCCCAGUUGGCGGUUCGACCAUCGACAAGGGCGUUGCCUUUGAGAUCUGCGCCGGGAACAGAUCGUGA